CUUUUGCUUGUCUCUCUUCUACUCUAAGUUUUUUCCUUUCUUUGAAUUUUUUUUUUUGUGUGUUAAAUUUUUAUUUUUGAAAUAUGUUGAGGUCAAUAACAGGAAAACCAGGUCCAAGUGGUUUUGGAUCAGCUUCUACUGCUGAGCAAGUUACUCAUGGCAUUGAUGGUUCUAAUCUCACAGCCAUAGUCACAGGAGGCGCGAGUGGCAUUGGUUUGGAAACAUCAAGAGUUUUAGCAAUGAGGAAUGUUCAUGUUAUUAUUGCAGCACGUAAUAUGGAGGUCGCGAAUGAGGCUAAACAAUCCAUUCUCAAGAACAACAAAAAUGCUCGUAUCGAUGUUGAGAAGCUUGACUUGAGCUCAAUUAGAUCUGUCAAGUCAUUUGCUGAUAAUUUCAAAGCACUUGAUCUUCCUCUCAACAUCUUAAUAAACAAUGCAGGUAUUAUGUUCUGUCCAUUUCAACUCUCAGAAGACGGCGUUGAGAUGCAAUUCGCGACAAAUCAUCUAGGUCAUUUCUACUUGACUAAUCUUCUACUAGACAAAAUGAAGGAAACAUCAAAAUCUAGUGGUGUUGAGGGUAGAAUUGUGAACUUAUCAUCAGUAGCUCACAUUUGCCCUUACAAAGGAGGAAUAAGAUUUCAAAAGAUCAACAAAAAAAACAGUUAUCAAAACAAACUAGCAUAUGCUCAAUCCAAAUUAGCAAACAUAUUACAUGCCAAUGAACUUUCGCGUCGUUUACAGGAAGAGGGAGCAAAUAUAACUGUCAAUUCAGUGCAUCCAGGACUAAUUAUGACUCCCCUCAUGAGGCAUUCUGCUCUUUUGAUGAGAAUUUUUAGGGCUUUCACUUGUAUCCUAUGGAAGAAUGUCCCACAGGGGGCAGCUACAACAUGUUAUGUUGCACUUCAUCCAAGUUUAAAAGGGGUGACUGGAAAGUACUACUAUGACUGCAACGAGUACAAGCCAAGCAAGCUAGCGCGAAACGAAGCUUUAGCUAAAAACCUUUGGGAUUUUAGCAGCAAUUUGGUGAAUGCAUCUCUAAAAACUUGAUAGAUAACAAAAUGCAGUUGUUGAGAAAGAAAAUAUUACUACUAUGUCAUUCACAUUUUUAUGAAAUUUGAUAGGUUUUUGUUUGAGUUUUAAGCUUUGUUAGUUAUGCUUCAAAUUUGAGGGAUUGUCUAUCUAUUAAUUAUUCUCUUUGUCUCAAUUAAUGUAAUAUACUUUUCUUUUUAA